AUGUUCAACCUCUCUUGGUUCUCUUCUAAGAAGGAGGCUUCCCCCACCUGGGACUCCGCCACAGCUACUGUUCAAAACCAGCAGCCCACUAGCCCUGAUGCUCCCUCAACUGAGCGCGUCGUCACCGAACAGCCCAACUCGCAGGACAAUAUGGUGAAGCUCCGUGGCGGUGGUGCAGGCGACGUCUGCUGUGGGCUUCAUUCCACGAUCACGACGAAAUGCAAUGCGACGAAGUUCCCAAGCACCUAUCUCUCGUUUUGA